UAUUUAUAUGAGUGUUGGACUCCCUACACCAGUAGCGGGGGCGUUAAUGAUGAGAAUCUUUGUGGGGGUGAGAAAUAAUCAUGUUAAUUUUAAAUGCCCAGCGAAGCGGAUGGGUACAGCUAGUCGUGUAAUAAAAAUCAAAGCCGCAAUAAUUAUAAUUUACGUAAUUAAUGGUGGUAGGACCGCUUAAUAAGCCUACCUACUUGUUAAUUCAAGUUUUCAUUUUAAAUGCUAAAUAUGUUGCCUGGUAUCAUUUUAUUAGUAGAUGGUGGUAGAAUUUUGGUGUUUUUACAAUAGCUUUACUAUUUAAAGGGAGUUAGUGACAUUAUCAUCAAAAAUGUACAGCCCAUGACGAAUCUUAUCCAUUCUAAAAUUUAAUUGCCCCGCCCGGCCCCUGUCGAUAGAACUUUUUCUUACUCCCAGCCGAUAAUGGCGUUAUCUCAUCUGAUCACGGUCAAGCGCUAAGUGUGUCUGACUGCAGCAGGGCUUAUUCCCGGUUGGUGUUAGUACUUUAAUUAAAGAUAAUUGAUAUUCCGAGUUUGACUUUAGAUAAAUCGAGUGUAUUUUAUCUGGUUAGUACACAUAACAAAUCGAAAAUUAAUUGGUCAAGUUGAUGAAUUCACUGUGUUUACCAAUCAUACAGAUCUUUAAUGCGCCUAAAUUAGCGCCAUACCACACCACCAUGUAUAGCAUGUAUAGCACCAGAGGUUCUUCUGUGAAAUUUACGGUCAAAGUCUGCGUCAUGCAAUAAUACAUUGAAACAGACUUUGCGGAGUUUUUGCUCUUUCGUAGAUACUGCGCAUGUUUUCGAAACCCAAGCAACAGGCGAUCAAUACUUAGACCGCUUCAGUGGCACGCAAGUCUAAGCUGGAUUGUGUUGUGUAAAAAAAAUCAAAAUUUAAACUUGCCUGUAUAGCCGUGUAUAGAUUUUCGGUAAAGAGGCGCUGGUCGUGGCGGACUGCGAGAACUCUGCUGUAGCGGGGGGCGUCGGCCUCGCCGUGAGUAGCAAGGUAUAUCCAAGUCCGGGGGCGGCGCGCGGCGUGUGGGCGCUGCCACAGCCGCCCCCGUGCACGAUGGCCGCAGAGGAAUCUCUCCCACAGGGCUCACCCAUGUCGCCGGAUGCUCCAGUCGCACCACCCAGGACUAUCACGAGUUUCAAUCAAUACUCCGAUUUGCACCAACUAAUAUUUGAGGCGGUUCGAUCAGGAGAAGUAUCGGAAAUCGAACGCCUGGUUGAAAAACUUGGAGUGGAAGUCUUGAAUGCUCGGGACCAGCAUGGCUAUACUCCCGCACACUGGGCAUCGCUUGAUGGGAGCGUGGCGGUCAUGCGAUACCUCGUGGAAAGAUCAGCUCCUGUCGAUCUUUCCUGUCUUGGCACUCAGGGGCCGCGUCCGAUACACUGGGCUUGCCGCAAAGGACAUGCAUCUAUCGUUCAAGUUCUCCUUCAGGCCGGUGUUGCUGUCAAUGCUGCAGAUUUCAAAGGUUUGACACCUUUAAUGACAGCUUGCAUGUAUGGUAAAACAGCCACAGCUGCUUAUCUGUUAGGAAUGGGUGCAGCUACAAGACUGUCUGAUAUAAACGGAGACACAGCCCUACAUUGGGCGGCAUAUAAGGGACAUGCAGAUGUCGUUCGUCUUUUAAUUUACUCUGGAGUUCCAUUACACUGUACUGAUAAUUUUGGUUCGACACCCCUACAUUUAGCAUGUUUGUCGGGAAACUUAACUUGUGUUAGAUUACUCUGUGAAAAGGUAAAGGCUGAGUUAGAACCGCGCGAUAAAAAUGGAAAAACACCGCUAAUGCUAGCACAGAGCCACAGGCAUGCAGAAGUUGUGAAAUUACUGCAAAAGGAAAUGAAACGUAAAUCCCAUUGGAUACCCCCACUGUCAGAAUUAUGGGCGUUAUUGUUCGGCGGCGCUGGUGAUUCUAAAGGGCCACUGUUGUUCUUUUUAAUCUCAGUUUUAUUGUGGGGUUAUCCUAUGUACGUGAUUAGGUGUAUUCCGCUGACAUGGAACACGCUUCGUCUCUCACACUAUUGUUUCCUAUAUUGGAAUGCAAUUAUGUGGAUGAGUUGGUUGAUUGCCAACAGACGUGAUCCCGGAUACGUGCCGCAGAAUUCGGAAACAUACUACAGAGCUAUAAGACAAAUCCCUUAUUACGAUAAAUGGAAGAAGAGAAAUAUUAUAUUAUCAAGACUGUGUCAUACGUGUCGAUGCUUAAGACCUCUGAGAGCAAAACAUUGUCGCAUCUGCAAACGUUGCGUAGCGUAUUUUGACCAUCACUGCCCGUUUAUCUACAACUGUGUCGGAGUUCGCAAUCGAAUGUGGUUCUUCUUGUUCGUGAUGAGCGUUGCGAUCAACUGCACAUUGUCGAUCUACUUUGCCUGUUAUUGUCUACUACUCGAGGGAUUCGGUCUGCUGUAUAUGCUGGGGCUACUUGAAGCUAUUACUUUUUGUGCCCUCGGUUGGAUUUUGACUUGCACUUCGGUGCUGCACGCCUGUAUGAACUUAACCACAAACGAAAUGUUUAAUUACAAACGAUAUCCAUACUUGAGGGACAAACGAGGAAGAUACCAAAAUCCAUUUUCACGUGGACCCAUCAUGAAUCUGUUCGAGUUUUUCGUGUGCCUGCCGGAUAAAUGCGACGACCAUGACAUUUUUCACGAAGAAAGUAUAUAAUGGCUUCGUUUGCAAAUUAAAUUACUGAAGAUUGUUUAGUUAUGUAAUUAAAAAUUCAAUUACCUAUUCAAGAUUUUAAAUUACUGACACUCACCAAAGCUAAAGACGUUCAAAAUAUGAAAUAUGCACAAUAAAUUUACGCAAUAAAUAAA